GGAAGACUGUCAUUCGUGCAUUCGAAGUCGCGUAUGUUCUACCGGUACUUGGUGGAUUUUUUUUAUAUAAACAUUUUGACGUUUGUGUACCGAAGCAUUUUAUAUUUUUUUACUCAUUUAUAGAAUAUUGACCUGUGUUAUAAGUUAUUUUUUUUUAUUGUCAUAUUUUUUGAUAUAAAAACAUUUUUUUAGUAUUUUUUAAAUAAUGACAACGGCGACAGAAGAGACGAAAAACGUCCCGCAGGACGCCAAAGAGCCGGUUAAAGAAGAAGUUACCACCACAGAGACCAAUAACAAACAAGAGGCUAAUGACAAGAAACCGACCGACAAAGAUGAUGCAGCACCAGCAGCGCCAGCAGAACCGCCACAACCGAAAUUUUCUGUAAAAAAACAGAAUUUCGAAAAAGAUGUAGUUUAUUUAUACCAAUUUUCUCGUACACCCGUUAUUCCAUCCAUGUCUCCUUAUUGUCUUAAAGUAGAGACAUGGCUCAGGCUUGCUGGACUCAAAUACGAGAAUGUUGAUCACAAGAUGAAGCACCGUUCCAAGAAAGGACAAUUGCCAUUUGUUGAAUUAAAUGGUGAAGAAAUUGCUGAUAGUACAUUAAUCAUUAAAGAACUUAGUCAAAAGUUUGGUAAAGACAUAGAUGCAGCAUUGAGCCAAGAUCAACGUAACAUAUCACAUGCAAUGAUCUCAAUGAUUGAAAACAAACUUGUUUGGGUGGUUACAUGGUGGAAAACAAAAACCCCAGAAAAUGUAAUCAAGGGAUAUAAAGUGAACUUGCAACAUGCUCUGGGUACAUGGGUACCAAAUGGUGUGCUCAAUUUCUUCUUUAAACAUAGUUAUAGUCGAAGGGGUUUGAAGAAAGUUAAGGCUCAAGGAAUAGGUGUUCACAAGCCAGAUGAGAUUUUGGAAUUUGGUCAAAAUGAUUUAAAAGUUUUAUCUGAUGUAUUGGGUGAUAAAUUAUAUUUCUUUGGAAAUGAACCCACUACUUUGGAUGUAGUAGCAUUUGCAAACUUGGCACAGUUGUACUUUGUAGAUAAAGAAGUUGAAUGUCCAUUGCGUGACUAUAUGGUGGAUAAUUUUGAAAAUCUAGUGGCUCACACAAAUCGUAUCAAGGAACGGUGUUUCCCUGAUUGGGAUGAUAUGUGCAAAAAUCUUGAUUUAAACAGCCAUCUUCCAAAACCUCCUCCAGCUGAAGAAAAACCUAAAGAAGAUGGAGAUAAAAAAGCUGAAACUAAAACUGAGGCUAAGGACAAAGAUGCCAAGGAACCGGAAGAAAAAGGCGAUGGUAAAAAAGAUGGCGAAAAAGAACCUGAAGACAAAUGAUCAGCAAUCACACUGGCUAAAUUAAGACGGACUCAUCACCAUCAUUUUACAUUAAGCGAUUUCACCAACAUUUUUGACCCACCAUUAUUCUAUUAACUAAAAAAUCAUACAUGAUAUAUUUUUAAGUUUCAAAAAUAUUGUGUAAAAUUGUAAUAACCUCUAUGAAUCCAAUUUUUGAAAUAUA